AUGGCUCUCUGCGAUGACAACGGCGGCAACGCGUGGGGAGGCCUUGGGUCUUAUAGAGAAGCUAUUGGUUCACGGUUAGACUUGUACCGCGACAAUAAGGGUAUGUUUUUCACCCUCUAUUCGGUGGAUCCUUUGGCAAACCAUGGCAUGUCCUUCAGCAUCGUUUUCACCAUGAGUAUCUACCAGCCGAACACCCCGAUGGUACUUGUCUUCGUCAUCAAACCUGCAAGCCUCGAUAGCCGUUUAAGUUAUGCUCUCAUGAAUAAUGUGAAUAGUUCUUGUUCGACAGCCACUGCAUCUCGCAACGUUGCCGGCAGCCACGUCUAUGCCCAAAUCACUGCACAUGACAGUAUAACACCUGCCAUCUUGGUACAUAUUUGCAGAGAGCCGCUACCGGACCAUUCCUCCAUGGCAAACAUGUAUAGCGUGUGGGUUGAUUACGACUAUACUAAGGACCACAUGUUGGUGUACGCAGAUGCAGGUGAAGGAACAUCGAAACCUGCAGCAGCUGUAGCCAACAAGAUCCUCAAUAGGCAAUGGAUGUUUAAAAAAUCAGCAUCAUUUGCCUUUUUCUCUUCGAUGGGGCAACUCCUACAACUGCACACAUGGAACUCAACAGCCGUCAGGCGUCGGCCAUCAUUUUGCGCAAUGCCUCCUCAUAUCCCAAGCCCAAGAGGCAAUCAAUGGACCAUCGCAUUGUCCUCCGUCCUUGGAUCGGCUUGUGCCGCUGCCAUCAUGGCUGCUACUCUUGUAUACUUGAACUCGAAAUAUAGGAGGUGGAAGAUGGAGCAGGAGAACCUCAUCCGGACCAUGCAGAACCUCCCUGGGGUGCCAACCCAGGUUGACUAUGCCGAGAUCAGAAAGGCCACGAAAAACUUCCAUGACACAAUGAAGCUGGGGAAGGGCGGAUUUGGGGCUGUCUAUAGGUGCACACUUCCUGCUGCUGCUUCAAGGAUGGGACAACAAUCGGUGGAGGUCGCCGUGAAGAAGUUAUUGCAGGAAGAUGAGCAUCGACGCUACGACGAUUUUCUGGCGGAAGUCAGCAUCAUUAACCGCCUUCGUCACAAGAACAUUGUACCACUCAUCGGUUGGUCCUACAACAAAGGGGAGCCCAUAUUGAUCUACGAGUACAUGAUGAACGGUAGCUUGGAUCAACAUCUUUUUCUGAAAGGUGUCACCGCCGGGCAGAGCCAACAUCAACAAGAGGAAACAUCGUCUAUCGGUACAUGGCAAAUCCGCUACAGCAUUGCUAAGGACAUAGCCACCGGUCUGCACUAUGUUCACCAUGAGCAUGAGCCAAUGGUGCUACACCGUGACAUCAAAGCAAGCAACAUCAUGGUCGACUCGACCUUCAGCGCGCGUCUCGGUGACUUCGGUAUAGCUUCCACAGUCGCCGUAGACCGGAGCUCCGUCACCGGUAUCGCCGGCACGUGGGGUUACAUAGCGCCCGAGUACGCGUUGACCUUCAGGUCCACACGGCAGACCGAUACCUACGCAUUUGGAGUUCUCAUCCUGGAGCUUGUUACAGGCAAGAAGAACGGCGACGUCCCACCGGACGACGACCACAUCACUGACUGGGUCUGGCGCCUUCACCGGGAGGAGAGGUUGCUUGAGGCUGUGGACGCUUGCAUGCUCACCACAGAAGACGCAGAGGACGACCAGCUGCGGGAUGGCGGCGUCCUUCUGGAGGCUAAGCGUCUCCUGCACCUUGGCUUGGCCUGCACCAACCCGAACCCGUACAAUCGCCCAAGUAUGGUGGAGGCAGUGCAAGUCAUUACCAAGUUAGCGCCACCACCGGAGGUUCCUCUUGAGAGACCCACAUUCAUGUGGCCCCCUCAAGAUUGGCGCGCACGUAACUCUGUGUACAGCACGGCGUUAAGUGAUUGCGAUGAGAGCUCGACGAGCACGGUCGAGACGGUGCAUGUCAGCGACAGCCAGGAGUAUGCUCCGUCUAUCCCCACUGGAGGACAUGGCUCCAUCAGUAGCACAGUGGCGACUGGGAGCCAGUGCCACGGUUCGGCUAGCACAGGUCCCUGGCGGGAGACCACCCGCCACGCAUUAGCUACCAGGCGGCGGCGUGCCGCGCCCGCUGCGUCUCCAGUACACCGCGGUGACACGAGGCACGAGCGGCGGCCGGUGCAUGGCGCGCGUGCCGGUGGACCCGGAGCGUGGAUCGUGCCGCAUCAUCGGGCCGUUCCUGGACCCGCACGCGGCGGCGCUGGCGCACGACCGCGUGGCGAUCGCGUACCUGGGCGACAGGGGCGGCCCAACUUCCCGGCGGCGUUCCACCCCAUCGAGCAGCGGUUCCUGCGGCUGUGCCGGGAGCGGGAGGGGCAGAUCGACGUGUGCGUGCUGGUGGCGGACCCCGCCACGUACGAGGCCCGGUACGCGACAUUCCUGGGGUCGGUGCUGCGGCUGAAGCAAUGGGGAGAAUUCAAAGGCCUCAUCGUCGAGUUCUUCAUCAGCCGCGCCUCCGAGAUCGGGGAUGACCUCCUCAAGGAGGGCGGGGAGAGGCUGGAGGCUAGGUUCGUGGAGAUGCACCGGAACAAGACGGUGGACCCGCACUGGCGCCCCUUGUACAUCCGCAGAGUCUUGCAGGAGCAAGAGAACCAUAAGCGGCAGCGGCAGCUGCAGCUGCAGCAGCAAGUCGCCGUGCAACGCCAGCAGCAGCUGUUUGUGGUGUGA